ACUGCACCCUCCUAAUUCCUCUAUCCCCUUAUCCUAUCUUCUUCUUCGUUCUUUUUCUUCUUCUUGUAGCAAACAAGCUCAGAGAAAUGGCCACCACUCUCUCAGCUCUUACACUCCGCUCUCCAUCUUAUUCUACGCCAAGUGCCUUCUCUUCUCCUACGCACACCUCCUCCAAGCCCGCCGCCCUUAAAUUCCCGUUCAACCCCCAAAACCCUACCCUCACCACCACCACACACCGCGCCACUCAACUCCGCCCCGUCGCCUGCGUUGCGGCCCCGGAGAAAAUUGAGAAGCUCGGGGAUGAGAUCUCCAGCCUCACACUCGCGGAGGCCAGAAUCCUCGUCGACUUUCUCCAGGACAAGCUCGGCGUCAGCCCCGCUGCUCUUGCUCCGGCUGUUGGUGUAGCUGUCGCUCCCGGAGGUGGAGAUGCCGCCGCUGCCGCGCCCGAGGAGAAGACAGAGUUUGAUGUGGUGAUUGAAGACGUACCUAGCAAUGCUAGGAUUUCGGUGAUUAAAGCCGUGAGAGCAUUGACGAGCUUGGCGCUCAAAGAGGCUAAGGAGCUGAUUGAGGGUUUGCCGAAGAAGUUCAAGGAAGGAGCUUCAAAGGAUGAGGCCGAAGAAGCCAAGAAGCUGCUUGAGGAGGCUGGAGCUAAGGUUUCUAUUGUUUAAUCUCCAUUUGGGAAUGGUAAAUGAGUUAAAUUAGCUUCGAUUUUUUUCUUUUUCUUUUUCUCUUUUGGGAGGGAGCAAAAAUGGUUAUUAGAUGUAAACUCCGUUGAUGUUGUUCUUGUUGUUGUUAGUUUUUUUUUUCCUUUUUUAUAUAAUUUUUUUUGGUACAGUAAUAUGCGAUUGUCCCUUUAAACUGCAGCAAUGUAAUUUGGGAAUUUUAAUAUUUUGGUU